AUGACGUCACCCGUGGCGGUGUGGCUGUCGUUCCUCGAGGCAUGGGCCGAUGAGGCACGGCAGCGCGGCACCAAGGCGGCAUCUGCGUAUCUCAAGGCGCAUCAGUCCCUUGCUGCAUGUCAAGAUACCCUGGUGCACCCAUCCGAAACGGUGCGUGUGCGCGGCAUAGGCGCGUCCAUCGCCGAGCGGAUCGAGCGCGCGUAUGCUCAGUGGUGUGCACAGCACGGCCGAGACAUGCCGCCCAAACCUGGCAGCAUGAUCGCCCCGUCUCGGAGUCACACCACGGCGCGGCCCCGCAAAACCAAAACGUAUAUACCCGAGCCACGAUCAGGAGCGCAUGGACUGCUCGUGGCCCUCUAUACCCGUGUGCUGGAAGACGACGAUGACGAAGCACAGCUCGGUAAGUCGGAACUGAUUGCACGCGCACAGCCUUAUUGUGAUAGCGACUAUACGAUGCCUGGACGCAGCGGCGCUGCACCCUCCUCGCUCGUCCGCCACAGUCAGUCCAACAAGACGUUCAUCACAGCUUGGAACAGCAUCAAGACCCUCAUUCAUAAAGGAUACGUCUACCGUCGUGGCAAUCCAGCUCUCUUCUCUUUGAGUCCACAGGGACUCGAGGUGGCCGAGCUCGUCGCCCUUGCGGAGGGCAUCACUCGGCAGGCACCUGAACCUCUGCCGAGUGCGCCGUCGCCGGCCUCUCCCGCCGCGCACGAACAGGCGCCUCCGUCUGUUCCCCGCCUAUACCUGCCGCCUCGUUCUCAGGUGCCUGUGAUCGACCUUGACUCGGAUGACGUGGAUGACAUCCAAAUCUGCACACCCGCCAAACCGUUGACCAUUUCCCUCAUGGACUCGUCGCCGAUUGUCAUUUCGUCGAGCCCGGCGCCCGUGCCACAUGUGCCGUACCACAUCCUCCCUGCCUCUUCCUACACCAUUCACAUGAUCGUGGACCACCGCGAAGUGCGAGCCAAGACGGUGGACGGGCGCAUUACCUUCCAUGACGCCCUGCGUGAGCGUGGCGUGCCGUGCGAGGGACGUGUACUUGAAUUGGGCGACAUACUUUGGAUAGCUCGGGCGAAGCCGCACUUGCCGUCCGAGCAGCAGCAAGCAUGGGCGCACAUGCAAGAAGUGGUGCUAGACGUCGUGGUGGAACGCAAGCGACUGGACGACCUUACAUCGAGUUUGAUGGAUGGACGAUGGCACGACCAGAAGCAGCGUCUUCAGCAGGCGGGCAUCGGGCAGGUCCUGUAUCUCGUGGAAGACAUGCACGUCUCGGAGCUAGUACAGCGGUAUGGUGCACAAAUCCAAACGGCCUUGAGCAGUACUCAGGUCAUUGAUGGAUUCUUUGUGCAUCGCACGGCCCAUGGCCAAGGCACCGUGGAUUUCCUCGUGACGAUGCACGAUACGGUACAACAUAUGUACAAGGACAAGCCUCUCUAUGUGCUACGGGAAGAGCAAAUUCAGCGUGACACGUACGCACAGAUGCAGCGCAUGAUGCGCGCUGAGCAUCCCGGUACGCGCUUCCACACGUCGUUCCACACGUACCAGGAACUGCAUACGAAAACAAGCGCAUCAGGCUCGCUGCUGGAUAUGUGGACGCGGAUGCUCUUGUGCAUUCGAGGCGUGUCGCCGGAAAAGGCCCAGGAACUGACGCGGCGUUGGCCGACGCCGGCUCAUCUCUUGCAUGCGUACGCACAGUGUGCGUCGGUGCAUGAUGCUCAGCAUUUGUUGAGCACGACCAUUGAUCCUGCGACGCGCCUCACUCGGAGGCGAAUCGGACAGGCUCUGAGCAAGCGCGUUUGGCACACGCUGCAGUCACUCACCUACUAG